AUGCUACGCAUCACAUCCCUGCUACUUCUAUCCCCAUUGAUUGCUAAUGCUUUCACCUCAUACAGCCCCAUGCAACGAAACAAUGGAAUGCAGCUUCACAUGUCAACCGAAGCCGAAGCCGGUGUCGCUCUGACCAUCACUGGAAACAACAUCGACUUGACUCCUGCCUUGCAAGAACACGUUGAAAAGCGAAUUGGAAGACCUCUGAACAAGCUGGGAGGAGAUGGCAUUGUUCAAGACUGUGAGGUUCAUCUAUCAGUUUACAAGAAUCCCAAGGUCAAGAAUGCACACCGCGUCGACUUGACUGCCAACUUGAAGGGUCUCACUGUAAACUGCAAGGUCGAGAGCCCUGACAUGUACGCAUCCAUUGAUUCUGCUGCUACUGCAUUGCAAUCCAAGCUCGGAAAGUACCGACAACGUCGAAGCGACGGCCAUCACGCUGGCAGCAGCAUGGGUGACGACUUGAUGGCUGCACUCGAGGCCAUGGAGUUGGAUGUCGGAGAAGAAGUCGGAGAAGAUGAAUUUGUGGAUCCCGAAGAGCCUUCCGUUAUGAAGGUUGACAGCUUUGAUCUCGACAAUGCUAUUCCACUCAAGGAGGCAAUUUUCGCAUUGGACUACGUCGAUCACGAUUUUUUUGUUUUCAAAAAUGAAGAGACUGGCAAAAAGAGUGUCGUCUACAAGAGAAACGCUGGAGGCGUCGGUCUUAUCGAGCUUUAA